AUGCUUCAACCCCGAAUCGCCCUCCGGGCUGUCCAGCUGCCUUUCAGGUGUUUACCAUCUGUUCCAGCUCGGCGCUUCGCCUCUGUUAUAAACGAAAAAGAGACCCCUCCAGGAGCAGCCUCAACACCAGCGUUUGAUUCUGCCGCCGCUUUCGAUCCCCCUCCAACCCGUGAUGAAUCUGGGGUCCUUUUGCGCACAUACACUCCCCGAACCCCCGGUAUUCGACAUUUGCGCCGACCAGUCAACGACCACCUAUGGAAGGGCCGUCCUGUUCACAAAUUGACCUUCCCCAAACGUGGCCACGCUAAGGGUGGUCGUAAUAACAGCGGUAGAGUCACUGUUCGACACAUGGGUGGUGGUCACAAGCGCCGAAUCCGAACCGUUGACUUCCUGCGUAUGGACCCCGGUCCCCAGUUGGUCGAGCGCAUCGAGUAUGAUCCGGGCCGCACUGCUCACAUUGCACUGCUCCGGAACAAGGAUACCGGUAAGCUGAGUUACAUUAUUGCAGCCGACGGUAUGCGGGCAGGUGAGGUAGUGCAAAGCUACAUGUCUGGUAUCCCAGAGGAUUUGUGGAAGAGCAUGGGUGGGAGCGUGGAUCCUGGUGUGCUAGCAGCCCGAACUGCAUGGCGUGGGAACUGUCUCCCUUUACAUAUGAUCCCUGUUGGCACCUUUGUGUUCAAUGUCGGCCUGCGGGUUGGCAAGGGCGGCCAGCUCUGUCGCAGUGCAGGCACGUAUGCCACUGUCAUUGCCAAGGAAAAAGAGCUGGACACCUCAGGGCCAGAAAAAGAAGAGCAGAAGACCCUUACGGCGUGGGAGAAGCAGAAGCAAGCCAACGAGAAACAACGACAAGAUCACCUUGCUCAACACAUCACUGUCCGUCUCUCCAGUGGUGAGGUUCGACUUAUUCACAGGGAUUGCUGUGCCACUGUUGGUGUUGCUAGUAACCCUAAUUACCAUUACACUCAGUUGGGUAAGGCUGGUCGUUCUCGUUGGAAGAACAUUCGUCCCACUGUUCGUGGUGUGGCCAUGAACGCCAUGGACCACCCUCACGGUGGUGGUCGUGGUAAGUCGAAGGGUAACGUGGACCCCAAGAGUCCAUGGGGUAUUCCGACCAAAUCUGGUUACAAGACCCGUCCGAAGUGGAAGGUCAACAAAGCCGUCGUGCACCCGAGACCCCGUAACCAGGGCCAACGCCGUCGUGGCUACAACUAG